AUGGAGGCCCCCCAGCCGCAGGUGCAGCCGCAGGCGCAGGUGCCGAGGCCGGCGCACAUGCCCGCGCCGCUGGAGCACGGCGCCGCCAGCAGCGACGAGGACAACUCGCCCACCGAGCUCAACUCUUGCCGCCGCCUCGCCGACAAGCCGCCGCUCGUCAAGCGCCUCACGAUGGGGGCGGGAGUGGUCAUAGAUCUUGAUGUAUCAUUCCCAUUGAAGAAGGACAAGAGGGAAUUGGAGGUCGCCUGGUUAGAUGGUAAAGGAGGUCAUAAGGAAAAAGAAAUACAAGAACACGAGAUAGCAUUGGAAGGCAGAUACCUAAGGCGACCAGUACAGUACCCCUCCUUUCACAGCGUGACGUCUUCGCCGAAGCGGCCGUGUGCGACUUCCCGUAGCGGUAGCGUCUGCCCCUGCCAUGCGGACUGCACGCCGGACAAGGGGACUCCCGCCACCUCGCCGCGCCACCAGCCCCUGGAGAUGAGGGAGCCCUGGUUCCGCACCGGCAUGCCCAGGGAGACUGCUCUGGAGGUGCUGGACCACGAACCGGAGGGCGCGUUCAUGGUGCGCGAGAGCACCAGCAAGCCCGGCUGCUACGCGCUGUCGCUGCGCGUCCCCAGGGACUUCCAGCCGUCCGGCAUCGCGCACUACCUCAUCCUGCGCACCGCCAAGGGAUACAAGAUCAAGGGCUUCACGAAGGAGUUCUCGAGCCUGGCGUCGCUGAUCACGCACCACUCGGUGAUGCCCGAGCUGCUCCCCGUGCCGCUGGCCCUCAGCAGGUACCGCCCCGCGCUGGGCAAGUCCGACUCGAGCCGAGACUUCUCGGACGGCGACUGCGACCGCGACUACAACACGCUGGCCGACCUGCGGCAGAUGCUGGCCGAGCUCAAGAUGUAGCCGCCGUGGCUGCUUCGGAGCAUCUGUUCCACGUCCGCUACGACGCAGUUCUCUUCAUAUCCGCUUGUGUCUGACAGCCAAAAUCGCUAAUAUACCACGAGCUCUACCAGCUCUGGAAACCGAGAAGGAAAGAAAGAUUUUUCAGGACGUAAUCUUGAAGGUGUGAGGCUCUACA